CUAUACGUAAACAUAUAUAAGCAAAACAAAAAGAAAUCUUGCGACUACUCACUCAAUCAUAUUCAAAGUAGCUGUCCGACCAAAAAAAAGCUUAUUCUCCGUCGCCGAGAUAAUUCUGAACAGCAGCAUAUUAUAUGGCUUCCUUUCGAGCAUUUCUGAACAGUCCUGUUGGGCCUAAAACAACUCAUUUUUGGGGUCCUGUAGCAAACUGGGGAUUUGUUGCUGCGGGGCUGGUGGACAUGCAGAAACCCCCAGAGAUGAUAUCUGGAAACAUGACUGCAGCGAUGUGUGUGUAUUCUGCAUUAUUCAUGAGGUUUGCGUGGAUGGUGAAGCCUCGUAACUAUCUACUUCUAGCAUGCCAUGCCUCAAAUGAAACAGUUCAGAUGUAUCAGUUUUCACGUUGGGCAAAGAGUCAAGGGUACUUGCAGCCGAAGGAAGACAAGGCUCCGUCAACCUGAACUAAAGUUGUUAUUUUUGUUAUUCCCAGGACUCAUUGUGUGGUAAUUUUGAUUUUAUUAUUGCUUGCUUCUGUAAGCUUAAUGUAAUUGUUAAAACGAGACUGAGCCAGUCUGGCACUUGCAUUCACCAUAUGGGCGAUAAAUUGAUCAUUGUUGUUGCUGCCUUGUCUUUUGCCCCUUUAUUUUGUCUUUGGUAUCUGAUUAAAUAAAAACCAAUGUUAUCUGGA